CUGCUAACCGAUUGGUUCACUUUGCCACAUGACGCCCAGUAUAUGGCCCGCCCGUCAGCAUCUCCAAGGCAGAGACCGCCGAGGAGCGCAAACCUACUAUCAACUAUGAAUAUGUAAACUACAUGUAAGGCAAAGAUCAAACAAACUACCUUUGAGAUUUUUGGUUUCGCAUCUUAAUUGUUUGAGGUAAAUUAAUUAUAAGAGUCUGUGACAAGUAACUUCAGUUUAUUGUUUGUCCUGCAAAAUGACCGCUGUUUUGGAUAACCUUGGGUCGGAUAUGCAUACAAACCAUAUUACCUCGAGCAGCUUCAGUACUAUUCACAAGUCACAGGAUUCCCCCACACUACCGGUGUCAUCUGUGACCGACAGCAACUUCUACAGCAGUCCACAGGGUGGUCUAUGCACAGGGACCGCGUACGCGCAACUGGCCUCUUAUUCCUAUCAUCCUGGUGCAGUGGGUAACGUUCAUUACAGCCCCAAAGCUUACGAUUUAGGUUAUGCCUCUUCCUACGGCGCUUAUGGAACAUAUGGACCCAGUUCUUCACCCACACCAACCGAACCAGAGAAAGAGGAAAGUGAACCGGAGGUGCGCAUGGUGAAUGGAAAACCAAAGAAAGUUCGGAAACCACGAACCAUCUACUCCAGUUUCCAGUUGGCGGCUCUCCAGCGAAGAUUUCAGAAGACUCAGUAUCUCGCGCUCCCAGAACGGGCCGAACUGGCGGCGUCUUUGGGCCUCACGCAGACGCAGGUGAAGAUAUGGUUUCAGAAUCGACGCUCAAAAUUCAAGAAGUUGUGGAAAAACGGCGAGAUUCCCCCAGAGCAGCAGGUUGCUUCCGGUGACUCUCCUUCAAGCACUCCUCCACCACAAACAGGUUGGGAUUUCGCCCCUAGCCAAGGACCGAACGACGGGGAAACAGUUUCAGAGCAGCCCACAGGUCCACCAAACACCACCAUCCCAUCUUUCUUGACAAACUAUUCAUGGUACUCAUCCACGAACACUGUUACAAAUCUACAACCCAGUACCUUAAUACAACCUCAUCUCAACUCUGCAAUGAGUGCAGGGACCAUAUUCUAACUGAGGACAAAAAGUGGCCGAAUACACCUGUUGGAGGAGGAGAUAUUAUAAUCUUGUCACUGGACUUGUAUUUUAGGAGAACCAUUCAUUUUGAAAUAUAUUUUCAGGCUGAGUUGUCUAAAAAUGUUUGCUGUGGAAUUAUUUUGCGCAACUAAUGCGCUCAAGCAACAAAUCAACGCACAUUAAAUUAUUUUUCUAUUUAUUUAUUUGUUUUCGUUAUGAAAUUGAAAAGGGGUACAGAUUUGUUGCUUUCAUAUUCCCAGUACAAACGGGUAGCCAUGUUUCAUGUGUUGUACAGAAUAUAUUAGGUUUAGUGAUAAAUCGAUUAAUAAAGCUUCUACAACCUGCAUUAAUUAAAUGUACGUUUUAAUCAAUUAACUUUUUGUUCAUUGUUUCGUUUAUUCUGCAUAAAUCCAGGGAUUUUUGUGACUAUGAUUUCUUCAUUUUUUGAUCUGUAUAAAAAUGGACUUAAUCUUGACUGUAUUGCAAGGCUCUAUGGGGUUGUCAUGUAAAGUUUGAGGUAAUAUUUUUGUCAAGUGCACUUUUCUUGAAAUUGCUCGAAACCUAAACGAGUAAAAAAAAAUGGAA